AUGUCAUUGAACUUUGGAGUAAUGUCAAAGUUACUAAAUAUGACAGAUAUGAAUUCAACAAUAUCAGAAGAAGAAGGUCUGUUCUUCAUCAAGCUAUCAUUCUACUCGUCCAUACUGCUCACAAUCGUUUCUAUUGUUGCACUUGCUGUGAAUCUCUAUUUACUUAAUAAAAUCGGCUGGAAUAAUUGCGCCAAGCCGUCGAGGAACCAGGCCUUAGCUUACGGGCUGUCAGCGGGUCCCCACUGCUCCCGUUAUCUAAGAAGGCCGAUUGGGGUGAAUUUGCGACUAUGCGUAAGUCUGACCGCUUCAGACGCUUUGUGUGCAUUCUUCUAUAUUCUAACUUAUAUGAUUAAUGUAAUUCUGCCAAACUUACUCUCCAAUUGCUGGUCAUUACUUCUUGAGGUAUUCAAGUUGGCAACAUUUUUUGCGUCCGUAUUCACUCUGUUAGCAUUGGCAUUAAAUCAUUACAUCGGAAUAGUCCAUCCGUUGCAUCGACAUGUGAUCACACCGCGAAGCGUUCGUUGUGCGAUAGCAUUGGCCUAUUUGGUGCCUUCGACCGUGUUCCUUGUUAUGUUCUGUACAGUACCGGGUGGUUUUCGUGCACCGAUCGCAUUUGCGUUCUUCUCCAAGGACGGCUGCAAAGGUGGUGGAAUACUCAGAAAUGUCGUGGUGCGAUGGGUACUGGUAGCUCCGUUUAUACUGUUCGUGCUGCUCAUCUCAUUUCUCUACCUACACAUUCUUGUUCACAUGCAUAACGUCGCAAAAGAUCCUCUACUCAAGGCGAACAAAACUAAGAGGACGACAAACCGUAAACUACUCGUUACAAUCAUGCUUUUAGCGGGAUCUGCUUGCCUUGGCUGGUUACCCACAACCGUACUGUUUGUUCUGAUUUGUGAUAGCUGCCUAUUUCAAUUGCCUUUGCGGGCGACCAUGUAUUUACGAAUCCUAAGUCAUUUGCUCAAUGUGUUAAAACUGAUUGCUGACGCCUUCAUUUAUGCCAGUCGCUUAGUCGAGAUUCGUUAUGCCAUGUGGACGUUUCAUGCAAGCGUUUAUAAAAGAAUUUAUGGUCUUUUUGGUUGGAAACCAGUGCCAAGGCCGAUCCCACCAGAAUUCACACGUUACUUCAGCGAUACGGUUGAGCAUCGAUCGGUUCGAAGCAAGAGGGCACAUGUGGUCCAAAACAACUCCUCA